AUGAUCAUGAUGGUCAUAAGGAUUGAUUCUCAACUCCAUGCUCCUAUGUACUUCUUCCUGUUCCAUUUGUCCUUUAUUGAUAUUUGUUAUGCCUCAGUCACUGUCCCAAAGAUGCUGCAGAACUUCUUAGCAGAAAGAAAGACAAUAUCUAUCAAUGGCUGCUUUGUAAAGAACUUCUUUUUUCUUCUUUUGGGUGGUGCUGAAGUUUUCAUUCUUACUGCGAUGGCUUAUGAUCGAUAUGCAGCCAUAUGUCAGCCACUGAAUUAUGUGGGGACCAUGAAUAAACAAGUCUGUUAUCAACUUCUUGGUGGCUCUUGGGCAGCUGGGUUUUUGUAUGCACUGUCCAACACACUUUCUCUUUUAAGCUUACACUUUUGUAGUUUCAAUUUAAUCAACCAUUUUAGCUGUGAACCACCUCCAUUGUUGUUACUAGCCUGUUCUGGGACACUUACCAGUAAAGCAGUGCUUGUUGCAUUUGUUGUAAUAUUCGGAACUCUCUCCUUUCUCCUCACCUUGGUGUCCUACAUUCAUAUCAUCUAUACCAUUCUCAGGAUACAGUCCAUGGAGGGUAGACGUAAAGUUUUCUCCACCUGCAGUUCUCAUCUUAUGGUGGUUAUUUUAUACUAUGGGACAGGGUUCUUUCGGUACAUGAAACUAACCUCUGAAGCAUUAUCAUAUAUUGAUAGAACAAUUGCCAUCCAGUACAGUAUCUUAACACCCAUGUUAAAUCCCAUCAUAUACAGUCUGAAAAAAUAA